UUACAAUUCUUUUCUAAAUUGAUACGUCAUAUUAUCGUAAUAUUGAGAAGGAAAAAAUACAAAAUGGCCAAGACUAAGAAGAGCAGUGGCCAGCCAUCAUGUAGGCUUUACACCAAGGCCAUAUUCAUGGGUUACAAAAGGUCUAAGGUCAACCAGGACACUAAAACCAGUUUAUUGAAGCUUGAGGGUGUUAACACUCGUGAGGAAACUGCCUUUUACUUAGGCAAGAAGGUUGCUUACGUAUACAAGUGCAAAAACUACAAGAAUGGUUCUCGUUACAGGGCCAUUUGGGGUAAGAUCAGGCGUCCUCAUGGUAACGGAGGCACGGUAAGAGCUUCCUUUAGGAAGAACCUUCCUCCAUGUGCGAUGGGUAGCAAGGUUCGCGUGUUCCUUUACCCAUCUAACAUCUGAAACCUAUCGUCGCU